AGGUGUCCCUAUCAGAGUUCUCCUCCUUACAUCAGGUGUCCCCAUCAGAGUUCCUCCUUACAUCAGGUGUCCCCAUCAGAGUUCCUCCUUACAUCAGGUGUCCCCAUCAGAGUUCCUCCUUACAUCAGGUGUCCCCAUCAGAGUUCCUCCUUACAUCAGGGGUCCCAUCAGAGUUCCUCCUUACAUCAGGUGUCCCCAUCAGAGUUCCUCCUUACAUCAGGUGUCCCCAUCAGAGUUCCUCCUUACAUCAGGUGUCCCCAUCAGAGUUCCUCCUUACAUCAGGUGUCCCCAUCAGAGUUCCUCCUUACAUCAAGUGUCACUAUCAGAGUUCCUCCUUACAUCAGGGUCCCAUCAGAGUUCCUCCUUACAUCAGGGUCACCAUCAGAGUUCCUCCUUACAUCAAGUGUCACUAUCAGAGUUCCUCCUUACAUCAGGGUCACCAUCAGAGUUCCUCCU